ACCUCGUGGGAUUCCUGUGAUUUGAAAUGUGACUCUUGGUUAAGUACUUCAUGUUUUUCUUUUUCCGUGAAUUUUCCAUCGUUUUCAGUCACCUUCAUUACCGGCCCCGAAGCAGCAGCCAGUAAAAUGAUCAAAGAAUUGUACUUUACACAUGUUGAGACCCUCGGCGGCCUCCUUUUGGCGUGGGGACAAUGUGAUAAGGCCAUGAGCGAGCAAUUGGAGAAUAAUAUCAAACAAGUCGCUCAUUUACUGGAACAGAAUGUAAUAACAAAUCCUGUCGGGCAACUGACAAAUGCCAAACUCUGUCUCAUGAAACUGAAGAACAAUGAAUAUUACCGUGUGAAAAUUUUAUCUCUUAACAAAUUGGAACUUCGGCUCGUAUCCGUUUUCCUUGUAGAUUAUGGUAAUACUUUUGAGGUUCGCCUUGAGAGUCUAAGACUCAUCGACACCGAUGAUGCGAUGUAUCCUUUCAUUACUUCAGUUCCACACAUGGCUUCCCUCUUCUACAUCGCCGAAGUACAAGCACCUGGCCAUAUGGGCCAUGCUGGUGUGUGGCCACCUCCAACGCUGGACUUCCUUAGGCAGACUCUGACCAGUAAAGUUUUCAAAUGCGACAUUAUAGAUGCAAGAAUCGUCAAGAACCUUAUUCACAUUUAUAUCGAGGGAAAUGUACCCAUAACUAUUUCUAAAGUUCUGAUUGAAAGAGAUAUGGCUCAACACAUAGCCAUUCCUAUUCAAGAAGCUCUAAUUCAAGCACUCUCUCACAGCCAGCAAACCCUUUUAGCUGGCUCAGCUCCUGUCAUCAAGCCUCAAGCAUCUGCUAUCAUGCCGAAUAUGAAUACAGCACCAGUAGUCGCACCAAUACCUCCUGUAGCUGCCAUGCCUAAUGCCAUCAUCAGUCCUCCCUUGGUACCUCCUCCAGCCCAACCAAUGCCUAUCUUUCGGAGAACAGCCCCAGCUAUCACUGUUUCUCAAUUCACAUCAGUUAAGUUACCACCUGGCUCUCGACACGCUGUAUACAUUUCACACGUUGAAGAAGGAGUAUUUGCUUUCGCUGUUCAACUCAAGGGUGAUGCUGAUGAUGUACUUCCUGAUUUAAUGCUAGAAAUCAAUCAGAAUUACAAGCCUGCGCCAGUCGAAGGUGUUUUGAUGCCUGGAACACUAUGUCUUGCUAGGUACACCUCAGAUAAACUUAUUUGUCGAGCCGUCAUAACUGAUGUCAUGGGAGAUAAAGUCAAAGUAUACUAUGUUGAUUUUGGCAAUUGGGAGUAUUUACCACCAUCAGAAGUCUUCUCAAUUCCUCCCAAAUAUUUAACGCAGAAAGUGAUGGCUUCAAAAUUUUCCCUGGCUGGUGUAAAAGAUGAUCCUGAUUGGAAACUGAAGGCCAUCAAAGAUUAUUUUCAAGAAUAUGCCGAUCAGAAAGAAUUUAUUAUGGAUGUAAUAGCAAAUGAAACAUCUUCACUCACACAAUAUUGUAAUUUAUACUACGAAGGUCAAAACGUUAGAGAUAUACUGAAAGCACAAAUAGAGAGAAUUGUACCAUUUGCCUAUCGUGACCCACCAAAUCUCACAGUUGGCAGCUUAAGCGAUGUUAUUGUAACGUUCGUGGAGUCACCAAUGAGAUUUUUUAUUCAGCUAACAAAUUUUAAAAAAGAUUUGGAUACGGUAAUGUCUGCCAUUGAUAGUUUUUGUAACAGUGCGAGAGGUGCCUCAGGAAUGAUAAACCCUGAUGAUGCUAGUCUGAAUCUACCCUGUUGUGCCUUUUUUGAUCAAGAUCAGAAGUGGUAUCGAGCUCAAAUAUUAGACAAUUCAGACACAUCGGCUCUAAUUGUUCGUUAUGUAGAUUUUGGAAAUGAAGAGACGGUCCCUUUAAACUCAUUGAGACGCAUUGAAAAGAGACUGGUGACAGAAUUCUGUGUCCAAGCAAUUGAAUGCUGUCUGAAAGGUUUUGAGUCUGUUGCUACAACACCUGAAGAUGAAGUUAUUGUGCACUUCGAAGCAACAACUCUGGAACAGCCUUUCAAGAUGAAAGUGAUCGGUGCACUGUCAACAAAAACUAUUCUAGUGGAUUUAUUCAAUAGUCAAAACCAAAGCAUCUCUUCAAUGAUGAAGAACUACAAACCUGAGGCGGAGGAACUCCCAGUACCACCUGUAACUGUGAAGACAGAACCUGUUCAAAAUCAUGAAGAAUGGAACAAUGCUCAGAAUUCCACCGAACAGAAGGCAGCCUCCAAUGAAGACAAUUGGAGAAAACCUCGCAACGAAGACAACUGGCGAAAUAAUGGUAGCGGAGACCGGAAAUUUGGAGGUGGUUUCAAUAGCCGAGGCCAAGACAACGAUAGGUUUGACCGUGACGGUGGCUUCAAAGGCCGCCGAGAAGGUGGUUUUCAACGCAAUGAAGAAAGACCCAGCAGAAAUCAAAGCGAUUGGAGUGGUCAAGAUGGCGGUUUCAAAGGUCACAAUCGUGAUGGUGGUUUCAAAAGUCAGACAGACCGUGGUUUCCACAAUAAGAACGAUAACAGUAACUCUGAUGAUUGGUCCAGUGGUCAGAAACAAAGCAGCAACAAUCAUACUGACUGGUCUGGCGGUCAAAGUAGCAAUAAGGAUACUGAUUGGUCAGGUGACCGUCCUAAAAGUAGUAGCAGUGGUGAUCGCCCAAGCUUUCAAGAUCGCGGGGAUUCUGGUUUUGGCGGUCGACCUAAAAGGUUUGAAGGUGAACGUAAAUUUGGCGGUGAUAGACAUUUUAAUGACAAGAAAAGUGAUGAUGGAUUUGAAGGCAAGCCCUGGAAAAGCAGAGAUGAUUUCUCAUCCCGCCCUUUCAAACCUACAAGAGAACCUGGUUUUCCGGCGGGCUCAACUUUCAAGCGUGAUGCAUGGGAGGUUGGCGCAGAAAAUGAAGUACAAGUUUCAUGGUCUGUGACUCCGAGUGAGUUCUAUGUUCAACUCUUGAGUACUCACUCCAGUUUCCGUGCAAUGAUGCAGGCUAUUCCUCAAGAGUACAGAAAGAGAGAAAAAGCUGAGCCAAGCUCUUUAAAUGUUGGAGAUUGUGUAAUAGCUAGAUCUGAUGAAGAUAGAGCUCUUUACAGAGCUCAAAUCAAGGAGUCUUCUUUCGGAACUCUGAAGGUGGAAUUUGUUGAUUAUGGAAACUGUGGAACUGCGGACGAAAAGUUCAUCUGGAACAUCAGCAGUGACCAUUGCGAACUCCCGUGCCAAGCUUUCACCUGUAGUCUGAAUGGUAUCGCCCCUGCUGAUGAGUCUGGGGAAUGGCCAAAAGAUUUCAAAUCCAAAUUUGAUAAACUGUUCGAGGCAGACAAAUACCUUUGCACCGUCGUGUCACACAACGAAGAGAAAAACCUCUACCUUGUAAAUUUACUGAAUCUAACAGACAAUACAGAUGUUGCCCAAAAGCUGAUUGAGGAGGGUGUCGCUGUCUCCACUUUGCAGCAGCCAGCAAGUCUUGAAAGUGAAGACCCUGUUGAUCUAUCACUUCUACUGAACCAGACUCAUUGGGCUCACAUGUGUGCUGUUGUGUGCAAAUCUCAGUUCUUUGUCCAUUUAGAAAAGAGCAAGAUUGAUUCUAUACAGGCAGCGGUGGAUACGUACAUGGCAUCUUAUCUGAACAAUGAAACAGCCAAAUUAGCGGAGAGCAAAAUCAGGCAUGGUGAAUACUGCAUUGCCAGUCCUGAUGGAGAGUCUUGGUACAGAGCUCAAAUUACUGAUUUGAAUGGAACUACUGGUGUCAUAGUAACAUUUAUCGACUAUGGAGACACAGCUGAUGUUGCAAGAGACAGUCUGUAUACAAUUUAUGAUGACCUUCUGAUAAGUCCUGGUCAAGCAAUCGAAUGCUGUCUCCCAGAUGAUGCAGAUGUUGACACGGAAAAGCUUGAAAAUUACAUGGAAAAUGAAGACACAGCAAUAAUCAUUCGUAUUCUUUCAUUGAAUGAAACCAACAAGCUGAGUGUCAAAGUUUUUGAUCGAAACGGGCAGGAUCUUUUCUCUCGGACAGAAGAAAAAAUCAGCCCAUAUUGUAGCCUACCGGUGUGCAGACAACGUGAAAAGGUUUAUGUGACGCAUGCAGAAAACACGGAAACCGAAAAAGGCAAUUUCAUCGUCCUACAGUAUGUAUCCUACGCUGAUGCAUUAGGUGAAUUUUUAGACACUAUACAUGAAUACGCUGAAUCAGCUGAGCAACUUGAAGAACCAAUGCUUGAGUUGGUUUGUGUUGCAAAAUCUCCCGCCGAUGAGCAAUGGUAUCGAGCUCGGCUUGUCUUGAUGGACCCAGAAAUUUUGGUUGAGUACUUAGACUAUGGAAAUUCUGAAGUAGUGCCUCUUGAAAACUUGCGAAAAAUCGAUUCUAGUCUUGCUUAUCCUCCCUUAUUUGCCGUUAGUCCUGUGUAUCUGCCAAUUUCGAGCUUCGAUGCAUCAGAGCUUUUGACAACCUAUGCUGAUACUGAAUUCAUUGCGAACUUUAAGUUUUCUGACGGAAAAUGGUUUGCAAACUUAGAAACAGCCGAUGGUGUCUAUGUUAGUAGGUCUUUUGUAGAAUCUGGUAAAGCAAAAGAAUUAGAUCCAUCACCCUAUGCUCAGCCUCCUAGCACACUCGCGAAAUGGCAGAAGACAGAAGGAGAGUCAUCUGUAAUAUGCACUUAUGUAGAUGAUGUCAACAAAUUCUACAUUCAAUUAGCCUCUGAGUGCGAUGAGCUGGAGGAACUUCAAAGUAAUUUACAGCAAGACAUCCUUAAGAUGAUGCCUCUCAUUGGCAAAUCAAGUUCAAUUUUUGCAGCCAAGUAUGUGGCCGAUGAUACCUGGUAUCGUGCAGAAUUCAGCUCUGAUGAAUCAGUACGUUUUAUCGAUUAUGGAAAUGAAGAUGCCAUUGAUGAGAUUAAAAAGUUACCGGCUAAAUAUCUAUCAAAUCCAUUCAGCGUGGCAUGCACUUUACCUGUCACUCCAUUCAAGGGCACUGAGUGGUCCGAAGAAGUAAUUGAAAAAUUCCGCAGUCUUGUUGUCGAAGCUGAAGAGUUGCUCGGGGAAGUUAUUUCUGUGGAAGGAAAUGUUGCAACUGUCAGAUUGUCAAUCAAUGGAAAAGAAGUAAGCAACAUGUUAAUUGAAGAGAGUCUUGCUGCAGCUAAACCUUUAGAAGUUACCGUAAGUCACAUCAACUCUCUGCAAGAUUUUUAUGCUCAAGUAGAUUUGCCAGCAAGUGACAAGAUGGUGGAAAAACUAGCUAAUGCUGAAUCGUGGAAUGCUAUAGAUGAUUUGACUGAAGGCAUUAUCGUAGCUGCCAAAUUCAAUGAAGAUGAUCUGUUUUACCGUGCUAAAAUCUUAAGAGCUACUGAAGAUUCCACUCAAGUAUUUUUCAUUGACUACGGGAACUUAGCAGUUGUAACGGAAAUCAAAGAGCUACCAGAUGAUCUAAAAACUAUUGAACCAUUAGCGGCACAUUGCUGUUUAGAUUUUUCACCUACUGUAAUUGCUCCUGAAACCGUUGAAAAAUUCAUGGAGUUUUCCAGUUUCGGAGAAACUCUCUUCAAGUUGAAAUUAAUUAGUGGAAAUUUGAAGAUGGGGUUGGCUAAAGUCGAAUUAAUAUUAGAUGAUAAAAGUGUAACAAGGCAGUUGCUUGAGUUCAAUGCCCAAAACAUUGAAGUUACUGCAAGAAUGUCCUUUGUAAACUCACUCUCUAGCUUCUAUAUUCAACAUAUUAGCAAUGAUGGCCUUCUAGAGAAAGUGACAACCUCUCUCGAAACUGGAAGUGAAUUAGAACAAGCGUCUGAAGUUACAGAAGGUUUACUCUACGCUGUCAAGUUCGAAGAUGAUGGUCUCUAUUAUCGAGCUAAGGGCCUACCAGACUCCUCUGUAUUCUUCAUAGACUAUGGUAACACUGCAACCAGCAGCGAUCUUAGAAUUCUUCCUGAAGAGAUCCUUAACAUCCCUCCACUAGCCAAACACUGUACUCUGCAUAUUCCUGCCGGCGUUGAGCUGCCUGAAUCUUCUCUUGAUCUGUUAUACAGCUUUCUCGAAGGCACUGAACUCCAAAUUAAGUACCUAAGUUUUGAAGAUCCAAGGUGUGUAAUGAUCAACAUAAACGGGCAGAGUAUUGUCGAUCAGAUGCUGCAAACCACCAGCAAAAGUACAGAAACUGCGCAGACAAAUGAUGAGAUUGAAGCCAUCGAAGCUCCUGCGAAGAAAAAUGCUUGGUUUUCAGCCAUGGAAGCUGAUGAAAUAAAUGACUCAAUUGAAAUCAUCGAAGCUGUUGAAUUAAGUGAUGCUAUCGCAGCUAGUGAAGCUAUUGAAUUAAGUAAUGCUAUCGCAGCUAGUGAAGCUAUUGAAUUAAGUAAUGCUAUCGCAGCUAGUAAAGUUGUUGAAGCUGCAGAGGUAACAGAUGUUAUUACUGCUGGUGAAGCCCAUGAAUUCAAUGAAACAUCUCACCCAAUAGUUCACAUAAACUCACCAAACGAUUUUUACAUUCAUAAAGACUUUGAUGGAUUGGAUACCAUUCGGAAAAUUUUGGAUGAUAACUCCCUUCUCGAGUCAAUCCCACUCGAAGACAUCGCAGUUGGUGCCUUAGUUGCCGCUAAGUUUGUGGAUGAUGGUGCGUGGUAUCGCUCAGAGGUAUUGAGCAAAGAUGAAACGAGCCCAGGUUUCUGUGUAUUAUUUAUUGAUUAUGGGAAUCAAAGUGUCGCAACAGAGUUUGCAGUUAUCCCUGAAGCUAUUUCUGAAGUUGCCCCACUGGCUCUAAAAUAUGCGAUACAACCUCCAAGGAGCUAUGAUGAAUGGCCGUCGUCAGUAAAUGAACGAUUUGUGGAAAUAGUAGAGGACAAUGGGUAUGAGUGUGAAAUUCUUGGCGAUGAAAAUUCUGGAUUUAUUGACCUUAAAUGCGGAGGUAUUGUAAUCUCACAGGAAUUACUCAAACUUUUAGAUUCUGAAAGCGGUGCUGUUGACUCAGCAAACAUUGUGGUGAAAACAGAAAAGGAUGAUGAUAUGGUCUUAGAGGAAACUAGUUUUGAACCCAGUAACGAAUUUGAAGCAGAAGAAGCUGAUGUGAGCACUAUUCAUGAAGCCACUGAAAGUCCUGAGAGUCCAGAGGAAAACGAAAAAGGACUUAAAUUUGAAAAAAACAAUUCUAUGUCAGAAGAGUUUUCGGAAGGAGAGAAUAGUCCUUCCAGCUGCAAGGCCGGAGAGUCCUUCGGAGAACCAAACGCUGCUGAAAACAAUGAAUUAAGUAGCUCCGGCAUUGAGUACUCUGCAGCAAGCUCUUUCGAACUCAAAAAAGAAGAUGACACUAGUUGUGAUGGAGCAGAAGAUCUCAUCGUGAAACAGAAUGAAGUUGAAAGCAGUUUAUUAGAAAACGCUGGCAUUGAGUCCAGUCCAGCAAGCCACUCUGAAUUCAAAGAAAAUGACUCAGUUGACAUUACAGAUAUCGAGGAAAAAAUUGAUGCCUUGAAUCUUGAAGUGAAUGAUGGAAAACCGGCUGAAAACGAUGUUGAGUUUCUGAAGGAGACCAUCAAAUCUAAUGAGGUGAUCGACCUUCGUGAAAGUCCUGCCAAAGCGGAUUCCAACGUGGAAGAUAUAGAUGACUGUGAUCGUGACUAUGCUGCAGAUGUCAACCACUCACCUUGCUUGGAGUUGAGAGAGAGCAGAUUGGAAGAGGCAAUCCAAAAUGGAAAUCUGGAGUUCUCAGAAUUAGCAAUUAAAGAAGAAUUAGUAUAUGAGGAUCCCCCAGCCUCGAAGUUAGAAACCUCUGAGUCCUUUGAAUUUGACGAAUCAAUAGUAUCUCUAAGUAGUGCGAACAACACAGUCAUUGAAUUUAAUGGCUCUAGUUUGAGUGAAAAUAUGACUCCUAUCAAAAGGACAGAAGAUAAAAUUGUUGCGGGCAGUAUUAGUAGAGGAGAUAUGUCGGAACCGCCUGUACCUAAAAUACUGCAUGAAGAGAAAAUUGUUGCAGGGGCGAUUUCCGGCCUAGAUCUUGAUAGUUUAGAGAAUGAAUCUGAUCCUUCAACUGUUGAUGAGAGUGUACCAAAGCCCGAAACUGAGCUCAAUAGUGUGUCAAGAAAUUCAAAUGAGUUUGACAAUGGCACUACAUCAGCUGUCUAUCAUGAACCAAUUCCUCUGGAUGAGAAGAUAUGUGUCCAAUCGAUCAAAGGUAGCGAAGUAUCAUCCGAAAAUACAGAAGCUCCUAAGUCAGUUCCUAUCAUCCCCUUAGAUGAAAAAUCUCUGCCAGCUCAUUUCCAGGUAGGAGUGGACAGUGAUUAAGGGGUAUUUUUAAUUGUGAUUUUGCUUCUGAUUAUAAAGUGUCUUAAUUUUUUAUAUGUUUUUCCCUUUUCCCAUUUCAGUUGUAUAUACUGCAGAAAUUUGAGUAAACACUACUUUAAGCCGUAAUAAAAUUCAACAGCUGUAAAAUGUAUCUUGAUUAGUUUUUUCUCACUAUCUUUCAAUAAAAUCAGAGUCAGCAGUAAUACUAAAAAUGUUUUUUCUCCGCAGGGCUGCCUAUUUUGUGUAGCUUUUUAACCUCUGUAUCAAGCUAUUUUUCUGCAUUAUUAAUAUAUUAUAUUUGUUAAUAAUUAAAAAUCGCACCACCUUCUCCCCUACUGUUUCUCUUAAUUAACAAUAUGCAGUGACUGAGUCCAACAUUUAUGUUGUGCCUGAUUCAUACUUGAGUUUGUUGAAUGAGGUACAAUUAUCUUAUUACUGCUGUGUUUCUCAUUGUUAUUUAGUAUGCUUCUACUUUUUCCAGAGGUGAAAGUGGUCUUUUGAUCACACUAUCGCUCAAUAGAAAAAAACCCUUGGAGACUGGCACCUAUUUUAUUAUUAGUAUAUUCCUACCUUUAUUUUUCAGUUUUGGGUCACCUGAACCAACUAAUCAAUUUUCAAAAAACUCAAAUCAUACACUGAAAAGGUGAAUGCACUUAACUUUACGGUCCACAGCAAAAUUAUGCUUCGAUCUUAAAGAUUUCUAUCUGUACACUUUUAUUUAAAUUUUAAUAGUACUGAACAAUUAUUUCAAAUUACUGAACUCAUUUCAUGGUUAUUGGUUUUAUAUGCAGCUGAUACUAACAAGGUUGUUAAAAGAACAUUUCGUUCUACAAUGUUAACUCCAGUUGAAUAGUUGUACUUAAUAAGAAUAGUCUUCAAUUUUCACAGCAAAAUAAGUUUUUGUAGUAAGUUGUAGAUGGAAGUAUAAAAUUAUAUUUUGGUGGAUCCUGUUUUAAUGUCACUGACACUUUUUACCAUAUUCCUUGUAAGCAGUUAAAAAUUUCAUCAUUUUUUUCUCCCCUUCCCCUUUUCUGGCUCCAAUUUUGCAUUAGAAACUUAUCUCUCGACCUGAAUAGCUAUGUCAAACUGUAUGAAAAAUAAAAGAAGAAAAAAAGCAGGUCUUAAGAUGUGAAUAAGGGAGACAACGUUGAACGUCUGGUGCAAUAACGCACUUUCACCCACCUCCGAAAGUUUAAUUGUGCCUGAUGUUCAGAAGGUUAUUGUUCGUUUUUCAAUUUUUAUGUUGUUUAUUUUUUUACUUGUAAAUAUGCCUAGAGUUAACGUACAUACUUACUUCUUUUAAGUCAUUUAAUUUGUUUCUUUUGAACUAUUCAAAGCCCUUAGUGGCCAUUUUGAUUGAUAGGGUCAUGGAAUAAUAACAAGCAACAUUUCAGCAAGGAAGAAAAAAAAUCUGAAGGUGUUAAGUUUUAAAGUCAAAGAUAUCUCUUAAAGUAAAUAUGAGUCAUUAAUAUAAUAGUACCAUAUCCCAACUUGUGAUUGGCACUGAAAAACAACUUAAGGAUUUGAACUAAUCGUUCCAAUUUUUACCAAUACCUCGAACUCACCAAAUGAUGAACCUCUCCAAAAUCGGCUUACGUCCUUUCUUCUCACAACUGUUAUUUGGUUUUUGACUAAAAAAUAAUAUCCGAAUGCCUAAUAUCGUUGACUGUCCAAGAAUUUAAUCGAAAUGCAUGAAGUAAUGUCUCACUUAAUUGUUCACGGAUUAUUAACCUUCAGGAGCUUUUUGUGCGUUUCUAAAUAAAUGUCAGUCAGUUUUUCCAAGAAUAGUGCCUAUAUCCAUCCUGUACUGACCCCUCGACUGUACUUUAUGUAUUAUUAUACUCAUCUCUUUUUUUUCCAUUUUGUAAGUAUUUUCCAUUUCUUUUGUAAUCUUGUUUUUAUUAAUUAUUGUCUAUUUUUGUUACUGAAUCAGUAUGUAAAUCCAGCAAAAUUAAACAGACUGAUAGCCCUCUUA